AUGACUUCAGUAGUUUUACCACAACUUAAAAGAACUAUGACUGAUAUAAUGGAUGAAGAAUUAUAUCAAAUACCUACUUCACCAUUAAUUCCAUCAACUUCAUUACCACAAAUAAAUUCAGCUUCAUCUUCAAAUAAUUUUUAUUUACAACCACAAUCAUCACAACCACAAAAUUCAUCACCAAUACAGAAUAAUUUAAGUUUAAAUUUGAAUAAUAAUUAUAAUCAUCAUACAUCAAAUAAAAACUCUGUAAAUUCAUCACCAUCAUUACAACAACAACAACUUUAUAAUAAUAAUAUGUAUCAUAAUAAUUCACAGAAUAAUCUAGGGGAUAUGUUGAAUUUACCUGAUUCAUUUAUUGAACAAUUUACAUCACAAUAUUAUCUAGAUUAUUUGAAACUGCAACAACAGCAGCAGCAGCAGUUACAACAACAACAACAGCAGCAGCCACAAUAUUCAGAAUAUCUAGAAGCACAAGAUACCAACCCUUUCAUCAACUACUCAAAUUCAAACACAUACAUAAAACCUACUCAAAAUUAUCCUUUCCAACAACAAGAAAAUUCACCUCCUCCAUUACCUCAAGCAUUCCCCCCAAGAAGAAGAAAAAGAAUCACUACAAUAGAUAGUCUUGAACCUACUACUUCAAAUAAAAAGAAAACCAUAGAUGAAGAUUACUUAUUAUAUAACCCUGAUAUUUCACCAGGUCAUGUAAUUACUGAAAAUGAAAUGGAUUCAUGUUUUUAUGUCCCACCAAAUGAAUUUCAAAAUGAAUUUUUAAAUAAUGAACCACAAAAUUUUGAAAAUGAUAUUAUUCCUGGUUAUGAAGAUGAUUAUCUUUAUUUAGAUGAUGCAAAUGAACAAAUUGAAGAAGAUUUAUCAGAUGAUGAAGAUGAAAAUGAAGAAAAUUAUUUUCAAGUUGAUGAAGAAUUUGAUGAUUAUAUUAUGAAUAAUACAAGUCAUUAUAAUAAUAAUCAAACAUUUGAUGAAUUUAAAAAUAUUUCAUUAGAAGAUAAUAAUCAAAAUAUAAAUCAAGGAUUACCACAUGCAUUACAAGAAUUACAUGAUGAAGCAGUAGCUGCUAAUAAUCAUGCUAUUGUUUCUGAAGUUUCACCACAAUCAAUAAUUUCAACCCCACCACCAAUGGAUUCACCACCUGAAAUAAAACAAGAAGAAUCAGAAGAUGAUUCAAUAAUGAUUGAUAAUGAUGAUCAAGAUUAUCAACAAAGUGAAACAUCAGAUCAACCACAACCACCAGAAAUUAGUGAACAUUAUCGAAUACAAGAACAAAAUCCUAAUUUAUCACCUACUAAAAGACAACAUACUAGAUCAGCUCAAGGUACAGGAGCAGAAAUUACAGCUACAAAUCCAGAUCAUAGAUGUUCAUUAAUUAGUCCAACUACUGGUUUAAUAUGUAAUAAACAAUUUUCAAGACCUUAUGAUUUAAUACGUCAUCAAAAUACAAUACAUGCAUCAAUGAAAAAAAUAUUUAGAUGUGUUAUAUGUGAAGGUAGAUAUAAAGGUGGUAAAGGUAAUGGAAAAGAAAAAACUUUUUCAAGAGGUGAUGCAUUAUCAAGACAUAUUAAAAUUAAACAUGAAUUAGUUGGUGAAGAAGCUUUAGAAUUAAUUAAUGAUGCUAAAAGAAAUGUUGAAUAUCAUCCAGUUCAUAAUGUGAAACCUCUGUAA